AUUGUGUGUAAUAUAAUGACGUAAAUCGUAAAUUAAUAUCUCCCCUUUCUCCGCUCGACCCUUGUCUAGAACAUCGUCAAUGCAAAUUUUUCCAGUUAUUUUUUCUCCUUAUGAGAGUUGAAAAGUGUCUUCAAAUUACAUAGCAAACACACCUCUUACGAAAGUAAACGAGACACGUAUAUACAAAAUAUAACAGCGCAUGUAAUUUCCACAAUUAAAAAUUCAUAUGUAUAGAUUAUUUGCUCGAUAAAUCAAAGUGACACGUGUAAUUCGAAGUUUGUUAAGGAAACGCAAAUGUUUCGUUCAACUAUAUAACCUCGUAUUUAUAACCUUAUAUUGAAUAAUAUCAGUAAAUUUAUGUUGAUGAAUUCGAUAUUUUAGUUUUGGAGAAAAUAAUUACAUAAUUCGUUGUCAUUAUUGAAUUAAAAAAAUGGAUAAAUUAAGAAGAGCCCUAAAUGGCAAUGAACGAUGCGAUGAGGAGAGUGGUAUUAUUACACAGGUUGAUACGGAUUUCACGGUUAUGGAUCAAACGACAUUAAGUUGGUCUACCAGGAUAAAAGGUUUUGCAAUUUGCUUCAUUGUAGGCAUAUUAUGUUCGUUUCUUGGAUCCUUUGCGCUGUUCUUACAGAAAGGCCUCGCUGUAUUUGCUGUAUUCUACACUCUAGGCAAUAUUAUUUCUUUAGCAAGCACAUGUUUCUUAAUGGGUCCAUUCAAUCAACUUAAGAAGAUGUUUGCGUCAACAAGAUUGAUUGCAACUAUAUUAGUGUUUACCACUAUUGCUUUGACAUUAUUUGCAGCUUUAUAUUUGCACAAUCCUGGUUUAGCUCUCUUAUUUAUAAUUAUUCAGUCACUAGCUAUGACAUGGUAUUCCUUGUCAUAUAUACCGUAUGCUCGUGAUGCCGUCAAAAAGACAGUGGAAUCUUGUAUUACAUGAGAAAAACAAUCAUUUUUUUUUGUAUCAAAGUUUGUUAUAUAAAUAUUAUUUAAAUUUUACAGUGCCUUCUCUGACACUUUCAUCACAUAAUAUUUAAUGUGCGGGUUAUACUCAACUCAUUUUGUAAGAUAUAAAUAUUAAGCUAUUAAAGAUUAUAAAUUCUAUAAUAUAUACAAGACAAUACAAUAUUAUGAAAUAUCUUUUGUAUAUUACAAAUGAUAUACUUAAUUCCAUAUAAUAUGUACCUUAUAUAUUGCGCUACUUGAAUUGUGGACUGAAUAUGGACUGAAUUAAUUGAUACACAAUGUAAUAAUAAAUAUUAAAUAUUAUAUAUUUCUUAA